CCGUUCCAGUGAUCGGUGGUUUCGUUGCGCUCGCGAUCUCGAAACAGAACUACGCUACGUGCCGCGGUUGAGGUUAGGUUCGUUGUUUGUCGGAAAAGCAAGGGCGAAUCAUGCGGUGCCCGUUCGAACUGGUGCUGUUACUGGCAAUCGUUGUGCCCAGUGCUCGGUUGGCUCCGCAGCGAAGCAUCGAUUUUCUGUUGGGUGAUGAGGAACUGCAAGCAGUUGUGAAACCGAUAGCGAGCCAGCCCGAAGUGCCUCCCAUCACCGAGCAGUUUGAUGGCGACCGACAGGAAAAGGAACUGGCCGUGGUUCAAGCCACGGUUGAUCCCAUCGAAAAUGAACAACAAACGGAAGACUCCGCAAGCGAUGUGACGGAUGAAGCGUUGGACGAGGAAUCGGUAACCGACGAACCACAGCGAGAAGAGCCCUCGGAACAACCUGCCGUGGACGCGAAGGACAUUGCACCCACCUCAACCCCCGUUGUGACCACAUCCUCGCCAGCUGCUGCGACAACCGUUUUGGAUUCUUCUACGACUCCCAGUGAUUCCGAAGAGAACCGAGAUUCCGCCGAGGAACAGUUAACAACAAAUCCCAUCGUGGUGCAGGACACCGAAGAACAGAACUCGACCGAAUCCAGCGAGGAUUCUAAUCAACUGGCCCAGGAUGUCAACACCUUCAUUCAGGAUCUCGCAAACGAAGUGAGAGCUGGCAAGGAAGGUCAGCAACCGCAGCACACGAACGGUCCGGAGUAUUUGACGGAACGAAGUGAGGAGACGACUUCCCUACAGCCUAAGGCUGGUGUUCCGCUGUACCCUACCAUAGCACCGAAUGUGCCGGACCGUCAGGGAGAUGGCCCAAAAUCGCUGGAGAGCAGCGAAGAGGCCAAUGAACAGGAGCAACUGAAAGUGGAUCCCAACAACGACCAACAAAGGUCCAGCGGACCUUCGCUAACCGAGGAUCAGUUUCGCUCUCUGAUCGAAAAGCUGCGCUGGUACGAUCAGCCACGGUUUGCAGAGUUUGAUCAAUGGCAACAUCACCAGUUUCCUCAACGGUCCAGCUGGCAGCAGCAGCAGCAGCGGGACGAACGACAGCAGCACUAUCAAAGCCACGGCUCCGAAAGUUUUCACGGUCACGGAUUUCACCGGACCGCUUGGCAUUGACGCACGAAAGUCGCUAUGCUUUCUAUAAAACCGACCGUACAAGAGGCCCAACACUUCAGGUUGUACUUAACGACAUUAGUAUAAAGUGCAUCAGACCUGAUGCAUACUAGAGAAUGGACGGAUAACGGCGGAAAACUGUGAUUGUUGUUAGAAGAAGGGUGACGCAUUCGUCACCGAUAAUAAAUUAAUAUACGAUGAUUAACUACUGGAGUUGUAGAGGGUCCCAUUAGCGCACAGAAACUGGCACACGAUGACUAGCAGCAGCCGAGGUCUACCAUAUUUACAUCCCACGACGUGGAACUGGUUCUAGCGAUAUCGGAAAUAUGGGUUAGUCAGCGCUGUUCCGGUUUACUACGCAUUAAAUGGCGCAACACGAGCAAACGGGCGAGAAUGUUUUGGCCGAUGAAUUGGCUACGCAUGGUUGAGGCUAAGGAAUGGCAAAGAAUUAGCGGCGUUAAUUGGAAUUAUUUAAAAAUAUAGAGCAAGAAAGCAAUGAACAAUCUAAACUGAUGUAAACAAUGCAAUGAUAAUGAAUAUAUGAUGCAGACAGUGAUUGUAAAUAUUUUUUUCCCAACUCGGUCUUUGUCGAACAUGCUACUGAAUCAAAACCAAUUAAAUCAGAAGGAUUCUUGUUUGUGGCCUUGGUGUGGGCGCAAUGUCGCACACACAUAGCUAAUAUUUGAGGGCCAUUGUUUGUAUGAUGAGUAUGCGAAUCUUCUCACGAUCCAUAUUUUAAAAACAAUAUAAAACCUUCCUCUUGAACGUUGGAGAAAGUUAGUUUUAAUAUUUGUUACCAUGCAUUUGAAAUUUUUUCUCGUAAUCCCAUAUCAUCCUUAAUUAAAAUUUGCUGUUUGUUGUAAA